AAGUUUAAUCAGAUUUAUCAAGUUAUAAGUUGGGAAAGUGCUAGUAAAGAGUUAAAAUCCGUAUUAAUGACCACAUCAAGCGUAAUAUUUGUUGCACAAGGUUGAAUAUGCGCAUAUAUUCCUGACGGCGUCCAUGUGAAAGCACCCUAAGUGCUGGACUGUCUUGGACAUAACAACGGACAUUUUCGACGGUUGGGGAGGUCCAUUAAGAUAAAAUUUUUUGCCUAUUAUAUAAGUAGCAGUGCAAUGGCGCCCUACUGAACUUGGGACCGUCGUGCCCCAUUCUGAAAUCACGCGAUUUUGACCACGCGGUACGAUAAAGGUUCAACUUGAAGCACGUAAAUUGUAUAAUUCAAGCGGUGACGAGUGAAAAUUUAAUGUUGUCCGUCUUUGUCCGACGAGUGCGGAAAGUCGCUCCUUGUCUUUAUUAAUUAACGCGUUUACACUUUGGACAGGUAGUAGGCAUUUGUUCGAAGGUUGUGUUGAUGUGAUUCUACAAAAAACAUAACUUUUUAGGUUAUGUAACGUCGAUAAUCCUUGGGGUUUAGUAUAGAAUAUUCAUAAGGAUGGCUCUAGAGUUGGAAGUAAUCAAAACAUCAGGAAAACCUUUGGGAAAAGUUUCCAUUCCAAGUUCUUCUACAAUUAAAGACUUAAAGAAAGAAAUUUACAAAAAUUUCAAGGUCGCGGUUAAUAGACAAUCGAUCCGAAAUGGACCCAAAGGCAGAGACGAGAAAGACAGUCUUCAAAUUAGUAAAAUUAGCCUUGAGAGACCCAAUUCUAUCUAUGUGAAAGAUUUAGGGCCACAAAUCGGGUGGGACACGGUUUUCUUUCUAGAGUAUGCGGGCCCGAUAUUGUUGUAUGGGGCUCUAUUUCUGUACCCACAGUGCGCCUAUGGCAAUGAAACAGUCUCCAAAGGACAUGGACAAGAUGCUUCUAAAAUUUUCCCAUUUUUUAUAUUUCCAGUGGGUUUAAUUAACGAGAUUUGUGGCGGGAGUACAAUUAAAGUACAAGACAACGCUUACUACGCCGGAAUUUUGUGGUCUAUACACUACAUUAAAAGAAUUUUGGAGACGGCGUUUGUCCACAGGUUUUCCCAUGGUACAAUGCCAAUUUUCAAUUUGUUCAAAAAUUGUGGGUACUAUUGGGGGUUUGCUUUGUAUGUAGCCUACCACAUUAACCACCCACUGCAUACACCUCCACCGGCGUGGCUCUUCUACUUUGGCACGUUUAUAUUCAUAUUUUGUGAACUCGGAAAUUUGAGUAUUCACAUUUUGUUACGAAAUUUACGUCCUCCAGGCACUUCUGUACGCAAAAUUCCAGUACCUGAUUCUAACCCAUUCACUAAAUUGUUUAAUCUGGUGUCUUGCCCUAAUUACACCUACGAGUUUGGUGCAUGGGUUGGAUUUACCCUUCUAACUGGGUGUUUACCAGUGUUCAUCUUCGCACUUGCCGGCUUGUAUCAAAUGACGGUAUGGGCAAUCGGUAAGCACAAGAAAUACCGCUCGGAAUUUCCCAACUACCCGAAAAAUCGAAAAUCGAUAAUUCCAUUUCUUAUUUAAUAAAAGUUGGUGCAUUUGGGGUUUUGGACAUGUAUUUACUAGUUAUUUUUUUUAUUUGGUGCGUUGAUUAAUAAAAAGUUUCGUGGAUUAAA